AUGGGUGACUUCAACCUACCUCACACCAACCUACCUCACACCGAUUGCACCCCAAACCAAAAUAGUAGCAGCGGUAAAAAAGAAAUGAUCACCAUCACAAACAACCUACUACUCGAACUCAGUCUCACCCAAAUCAUUCGCAAACCUACACACAUGGCUGGAAACAUACUUGACCUUGUAUUCACCAACAACACCAUCAUUCACGGUAUCUCAUUUAUACCUACGCUCAGAUCAAUAUCACACCACUGCUUCCUAGAUAUAGCAACAUCUUAUGUACCCUCACAUAUCCGACAACAGACAAUUCCUAGAGUGUUCUCAUCCCCAUUCGAUUUUCUAAAUUACCAGAGUGAAAAUGCAUCAGAAACACAUGUGCCAUCAAGAAAGAUAGAACAAACCAACAGAAAUAAAAUUCCAAGAGAGAAAAUGGCACUCAUGAGAAGACGAACCAGGAUAAACAAACAACUAAAAUUCAACCAUCAUGCAAGAAAAGAAAGCCGAAGAAUCAAUAAAGUGCAAUCCCAAAUUUUUCCUCUCCUACGCAAAAAAGUUCCAAAAGUCAAAUCCACUGUUGGUCCUCUAAUCAACGAGAAUGGGAACUACAUCUCUGAUUCAAAAAAGAUAGCCGAUAUGCAACUGACACAGUACUACAGGAUGUUCAGCACACCAAAACAGUACACAAACAAACAAAAUCAAAGUCCAAGCAAACCCUCACUACGAAACCUGAUUUGGACGAAAUCAUUUGAAGAAGGAACCAUUCCAGACACACUAACUAGUGCUAUAAUAACACCAAAACACAAGAGUGGAAGCAAAACUAAAGCUGAAAACUACCACCAAAUUGCCUUAACUUCUCACAUCAUAAAGGUCUUUGAAAGGGUUGUCCGAAAUCAAAUUGUGUCAUUUAUGGAAGAAAAUAACCUGUUCAACAGCUCCCAACAUGGUUUUCGUGGUGGACGGUCAUGUCUGAGCCAGCUUCACCAUUUCGACAACAUUCUACAAAUACUCUGCAACAACCCAAACGCUGAUGUUGUAUACCUGGAUUUCGCAAAAGCUUUUGACAAGGUCGAUAUAGACAUAGCCCUUAAAAAGAUAGAAAACUUAGGUAUCAAAGACAAACUACUCAAAAGGCUGAAGUCCUUCCUCAAAAACAGAACCCAGUACGUCUCAGUAAACGGUCACCACUCAGGCACCACAAAAGUCAUCUCUGGGGUACCACAAGGAAGUGUGCUUGGACCGCUCAUCUUUCUUAUCCUUAUGGGGGAUAUUAAUCUUUCUGUUAAGGACGCAUCACUCCCAAGCUUUGCAGAUGAUACACGACUUACAAUAAAGGUUAGCUCUGAAAGUUGCAUUGAAAAAAUGCAAGCGACCUAA